ACUGGAGAUGAACUGCGGGUUGAAGCAGAACAUGGAAGGAUCAGGGUAAAAUACAUUGAAGAGGAUACCAAGGCAGACCAUACCAGCAAAGGAGGGCUUUUGACUCGAUUAUUCGGGUGGUAGUGGACGUUCCUGGAGUUACAUGUAUGACUAUCUCAUGUACAACUUACAAUCAACGCCAUGUGAUGAUGAUUGACAGCUGCCUCACGCCUGCCUUCUUUGCCUUUAUCAUUGAUGCCGCAGUUCGCAGCCGCAGCACCGCAGCAUUCCGGCCUGUACAUAGGCUCGUGAACUCUCCUGAUGAUUUCCUUGACGAGUUUCCCUCCAUCACCAUUGGUCCCCGAUGAUCAUCCCAGAGAAACAGUUCCAGAAUGAGCGUGCAAAGGCGGCAGAGGCAGAGCAAGAUCAAUCAGAGGCGGUGAUAAAUGCGGUGGAUGUUCGUUGAUGAGAUAUCUCCUAGACAUUGUUAGGAUUGACCGCUGUCUGCAGGAUGCACUCCCUCCAGCAUAUUCAGAUCAUGUACAGCAUACACAGAUUAGAAGCUCGGGUUCCACGGAGCUUCAACCUCCCUCCAAGCCCACCAAUUUCCUCUCGCUUAUACUCAAGGAUAAACACAUACGAGGAUCCUAUGUGAUCAACCCUCUAAUGCAAAUACCCCUCAGUCUACUUCCUCCACUGAAUGCCGGAGAAACGGAUCAGGACAGGAAAAAUCUGUACCUUCGCACAAAGGAUGGGAAUAUCAAUGCUGAUAUCUGGUUGAUCGGUCAAGAGGAAGCUGCUCCUAAGAACAAAAGACGCACUACCCUCUCGCUAAGCUCCAACGAUGGACAUAUUACGGCUAAGAUUAAUACGGUCAAGGUCGUUGCUCCAUUCCUGUUGGACAUUUAUGCACGCGACGGACGAGUGACCGUCCUUCUACCUCGGUCAUUUCACGGCCCGCUUCUCCUGAUCACCAGGGAAAGUGCAAAGCUUUCCGACGAACUCGUGCAGCGGAGCAUGACAUUAAGCACCCUCGAGCAUAUGCAGCGAUAUUUCGUCGGUGACUUUUCGCAUCAGACAUUUGGUGACGAUUGGAAUGGGGACGAGCUCAAAGUUGUGUCUCGGGAUGGCAGUGUUACGAUCAGAUACACGGACGAGGUUGAGCUACCGAAGAGUGGUUUCUUCAGUCGAAUAUUCAGCAGUUAGAUCACUUACAUGAACGCUGCGUAUGUAUGGGCCAGGCAUUACUAUAUAUGUUCAUUUCUGCAAACGCACCUACUUG